CAAAACAUUUAAGCCGUAAAGGGCGGUGGAGAGAGGCGAGGGAGCGCGCACAACAAAGCACUGCACACCGGCGCUCGCCGCUCCGCUACGCUCACCAGAGCACGCCCAUAUCUCUCGCUGCGGCUCGCCCUCGCGAUUCGGCCGGAGCUUGCCUCAUCUCUGCCGUCGGCGGCUCCGGAUUCGGUACCGCGCCGUUUCGAUCUGACGGGCGCCUGGCGGCGGGUGAGGAGGGCGCGGGGGAGGUUAGGGUCAGUGUUCCGGCACGAUGCAGCGGCCGGGGCGGGGCCUGCAGCGGUCGGGCUCGAAGCGCGGGCUUGACCCCACCGGCGGCGGCGGCGGCGGCGGCGACGAUGACCAUGCGCCCAAGCGACCGCGCGUCCCCGCCCUCGCGAGUGUCAUUGUGGAAGCUCUCAAGAUGGACAGUUUGCAGAAGCUUUGUUCAUCGCUAGAGCCAGUUCUCCGAAGAGUUGUAAGUGAAGAGGUAGAGCGUGCUUUAGCCAAGUUGGGUCCUGCUAGAAUUCAAGGAAGAUCCUCAUCUCCCAAAAGAAUUGAAGGUCCUGAUGGUAGAAAUCUUCAGCUUCAAUUUAGAAGUCAGUUGGCUCUCCCAAUCUUUACUGGUGGAAAAGUAGAAGGUGAGCAGGGAGCAGCAGUACAUGUUGUGCUACUGGAUGCAAACACUGGAUGUGUUGUUGCUUCAGGACCUGAAUCAUUUGCCAAACUAGAUGUCCUUGUGCUUGAGGGCGACUUUAAUAAAGAGGACAAUGAGGAUUGGACAGAAGAAGAGUUUGAAAGUAACAUUGUCAAGGAGCGCGAAGGGAAGAGGCCUCUCUUGACAGGGGACCUGCAAGUGACUCUUAAAGAAGGUGUUGGAACCAUAGGAGAGCUUAUCUUCACUGACAACUCUAGCUGGAUAAGAAGCAGGAAAUUCAGACUUGGGCUGAGGAUUGCCUCUGGCUUUUGUGAAGGUAUUCGUGUUAGAGAGGCCAAGACAGAAGCUUUCCCUGUUAAGGAUCACAGAGGAGAAUUGUACAAAAAGCACUACCCACCUGCCCUAAAGGAUGAUGUUUGGAGAUUAGAGAAGGUUGGCAAGGAUGGUGCGUUCCACAAUAGGUUAAAUUCAAAUGGGAUAUAUACAGUCGAAGAUUUCCUCCGGCUUCUUGUUAGGGAUCACCAGAGGUUACGAAGCAUUCUGGGCAGCAACAUGUCAAAUAAGAUGUGGGAGAGCCUUGUUGAGCAUGCAAAGACUUGUGUCUUAAGUGGAAAGCACUAUGUAUAUUAUGCUAGUGACACAAGAAAUGUGGGUGCAAUAUUCAAUAACAUCUAUGAGUUUACUGGGUUGAUUGCUGAUGAUCAGUUCAUUUCAGCUGAAAAUCUCACAGAAAACCAGAAGAUCUAUACCGACGGAUUGGUAAAGAAAGCAUACGAGGACUGGAUGCAUGCUGUAGAAUAUGAUGGCAAGGCACUCUUGAGUUUCAAGCAGAAAAAGAAGUCAGUCACAACAAGAAGUGACACCGCAGUAGCUUCAACAAGCAAUCCUACUUCAUAUGGUUCAGACAAUUCACAGAAACAAUUGUCACUGCCUGCAAAAGCUGGACAACCUGCCACAGCGGGUACUAUCAGUGAAGCAGAUGGAACUAGAAAUGCAUAUAAUGGAAACCAGGCAGCAAGAUACGCAGCCAACACUCAAAACAUUCCUGCAAACAUCACCAUGCAAUAUGAAAGGUGUUCACUGCCGCCUGAAAGCCAAUUUAGUGGUUCAUCCCUUCAGACUCAAGCUUCAAGAGGCUCCAACAUGUUAGCACUGGGACCGCCGCAGCAAGAGCACCAAAGUUUUGAAUUCCCAGCACUUGGCGGCCAGUCAAUGCAGUCGACAGGCCUGAGUCCUUUUGAUGAAUGGCCGCAGCCGCAGGAGAACCGUGGCGGGGUUGAUGACUACUUGAUGGAGGAGAUCAGGAUGAGGAGCCAUGAGAUACUAGAGAAUGAAGAAAUGCAGCAGAUGUUGCGGAUUCUGAGCAUGGGUGGCGCAGCGACCAACCUGACUGAAAACGGCUUUGGUUUUCCUUCUUACAUGCCUGCACCUUCCCCGAACUUGAACUUUGAGGAUGACCGUACUCGCCCACCGGGGAAAGCAGUUGUUGGGUGGCUCAAAAUCAAGGCUGCUAUGCGGUGGGGCAUCUUUGUCAGGAAGAAAGCCGCUGAGAGAAGAGCUCAGCUUGUUGAGCUAGAUGAGUAAGUAUAUUAACAGGGGGAGGCAUGCGCUCUUCUGUUGGUCUUGUAACAAAGCUUCAUUGAUGUUGUUUGUGGAUCGGGAUGGGCUCAUCUAUGACCCUUGGGAGGACAGUUUAGAUCCUGAGCUUAAUCGUGGACAGACUCUUGUUCAAUUUUCUUUUUCUGUACAGCUCUUUCAUCACUGUCCGCUUUGUUUGUUUAGUGUGAUGCUAGUCCUGUUAUGAACCUUAA